AUGGAAACCCCUACACACCUCCCUGAGCACUCUCACGACCACACCGUGAGAGCCUUCUGUUGCCAGGAAAUGCCACAGGAAAUGCAGUUAAUAUUUUCGGGAAUUCAUCGUUGUCAAGCCGCCAAAGUGGAGAGUGUGAUUGCAGAAGGGGGUGCUUCUCGUUUCAGUGCUUCUUCGGGUGGGGGAGGAGGUAGGGGUGCCUCUCAGUACCAUCCCAAGACUGUCGGCAACAGCGAGUUCCUGGGGAAAGCCCCAGGAUCUAGCGUUCAGAGAUGGGUUCCUUCACGAAGCACUAGACGAGAUGCCAAUGCCUCCAAUGAAAAAGAACGACAUGAUGCAAUCUUCAGGAAAGUGAGAGGCAUACUUAAUAAACUGACCCCCGAGAAGUUUGACAAGCUAUGCCUUGAGCUCCUGAAUGUGGGCGUAGAUUCAAAACUCGUCCUAAAAGGAGUGAUCUUGCUGAUUGUUGACAAAGCCCUCGAAGAGCCCAAGUAUAGCUCGCUUUAUGCUCAGCUAUGUCUGCGCUUGGCAGAGGACGCACCGAACUUUGACGGCCCAUCGCCAGAGAUCCAAACGCCACAAAAACAAAGCACCACAUUCAGGAGACUUUUGAUUUCUAAGCUCCAAGAUGAAUUUGAGAACCGCGCCAAAAAUGUUGAAAUCUAUGACAAACAUGACAACCCUCUUACCUCUGAGGAAGAGGAGCAGCACGCCAUUGCCAAGUUUAAGAUGCUGGGCAAUAUCAAAUUCAUCGGGGAACUUGGCAAACUUGAUCUUAUCCAUGAAUCUAUCCUUCAUAAGUGCAUCAAAACACUUUUGGAAAAGAAGAAGAGAGUCCAACUUAAGGAUAUGGGGGAAGAUUUGGAGUGCCUCUGUCAGAUAAUGAGAACAGUGGGGCCUAGACUCGAUCAUGAAAAGGCUAGGUCUUUAAUGGAUCAGUACUUUGGCCGUAUGAAAUCCUUAAUGAACAACAAGGACUUGCCGGCAAGGAUUCGUUUCCUGGUGCAGGAUUCAGUGGAGUUGCGAGAGAACAAUUGGGUGGCUCGCAAAGCUUUUAUCGAUAAUGGACCAAAGACGAUUAACCAGAUUCGUCAGGAAGCAGUAAAAGAUUUGGGUGUUUUUAUUCCACCAAUGGCCCAGGGAAUGAGGACUGACUUCUUUUUGGAGGGGCCCUUCAUGCCUAGGAUGAAACUUGACAGGGAAACUCUUGGAGGGUUGGCGGAUAUGUUUGGACAGAUGCCAGGGAGUGGGAUCGGCACAGGCCCUGGAGUGAUUCAGGACCGGUAUUCACCCACCAUGGGCCGUCACCGCACCAACCCACUCUUCAAUGGCCACAGUGGGCACACAGCCCCUGCUACCCAGUCUCAGUUCGAGAUGGGAGGCAAGCCCUUAAUCAAAUCUAACCAGAACCAGAAUCACUCGCAACAACAGCAGGCUCAGUCUAAGGACAUGGCACCGCGUUUCAUCAAGAAAGGAUCGCUCAACGCUGAUGAGAUCAGUCUAAGGCCGUCACAGUCAUUCCUUCUCAACACAAACCAAGUCCCAAAGUUGCAGCCACAGAUACCAACAAUGAUUCCGCCAAGUGCUCAACCUCCACACACUCAAACACCACCACUGGGACAGCCUCCUCUGCUUGGUCUGAAAACCAACCCUCCUCCAAUUCAGGAAAAACCUCCAAAGACCACCAAGAAACCGCCUCCUGCAAAGGAAGAGUUGCUUAAGAUGACCGAGACCAUAGUGACAGAUUACCUGAACAGCAAAAACAUUGAUGAAGCUGUGAACUGUGUAAGAGAGAUGAAGGCUCCCAAACACUUCCUGCCUGAGAUGUUGAGCAAGAUCGUGAUCUGUUCUCUUGACUGCCCAGAUGAAGACAAGGAGCAUGCCAGCACCUUGAUCCACACACUCCGCACAGAGGGCCUUGUUACUGGGGAGAGCUUCAUGCGGGCUUUUCUCAGUGUUCUGGACCAGUGUCCCAUGAUCGAAGUGGACGUUCCUCUGGUGAAGUCCUACCUGGCCCAGUUUGCGGCUCGAGCCAUCAUCGCAGACCUGGUGAGCAUGGAUGAGCUGGCCCACCCUCUGGAGAAUGGCACCCAUUUUCCCCUCUUCCUGCUUUGUCUGCAACAGACUGCCAAGCUGAAGGAUCGAGAGUGGCUCACUGAUCUAUUCCAGCAAAGCAAGGUCAACAUGCAGAAGAUGCUGCCUGAAAUCGACCAAAACAAAGAUCGCAUGCUAGAGAUCUUGGGGGGCAAAGGCCUGAGCUUCUUAUUCCCACUCAUGAAGCUGGAAAAGGAACUGCUGAAGCAGAUCAAAACAGACCCCUCUCCCCAGUCCAUCUACAAGUGGAUCAAGGACAACAUCUCCCCUAAGCUCCACACUGACAAGGGCUUCGUCAACAUCCUCAUGACCAGUUUCUUGCAGUACAUUGCCCAAGAGAUAAAUGCCAAUGAGGAAGAAGACCAGUUAUCAGCCCCCACUAAAGAACAGCUGGACCAGGAGAAGCAGCUGCUGCUGGCCUUCAAGCCAGUGAUGCAGAAGUUCCUGCAUGAUCACCAGGACCUGCAAGUCAGUGCCCUCUAUGCACUGCAGGUCCACUGCAAUGCUAAAGCUUUCCCUAAAGGCAUGUUACUGCGCUAUUUUGUCCACUUCUACGAUAUGGAAAUCAUUGAAGAAGAAGCCUUCCUUGCAUGGAAAGAAGACAUAACUCAAGAGUUUCCUGGAAAGGGAAAAGCAUUAUUCCAGGUGAACCAGUGGCUGACCUGGCUGGAGACUGCUGAGGAAGAGGAGUCUGAGGAGGAAGCUGACUGAAGAUCUAGCCAAAAGCCUUAUGGUGCAAAGAAUGCUAUUGAUACUUUUUUUUUUUCCCCUGUCCCAAUAUGAUAUGCAUACCUAACCACUGCAACACUUCAUUCAUCUUCCCUGUCCCAAUAUGAUAUGCAUACCUAACCACUGCAACACUUCAUUCAUCUUCCCUGUCCCAAUAUGAUAUGCAUACCUAACCACUGCAACACUUCAUUCCGCUAUCAAGUUUUUGGCCAUGUUAAGCCAAUGCAUUUAUUUAUUUUUUUGGCUCUUUUUCUAGCGCUUAAGCGUAAUAAUGGUUUGCCAUCUGUUUUUAAGAGCCCCUUUUUAAGAUCAGUGGUAUUAGCUGCUUUGAAUAGACCUUUGUUAUUCUUCAAGAAAAUUGCAAGGGCCUUGUUCCUGCUGCUGAAUUCUAUGCUUUUUUGUUUGUUAACCAAUUAACAACACUGUAGAGAUGCACUUUGCUCAACGUCAUACAUGAGUCGUUGCAAUAUUCACUCAUCCGUUGAUUGUUACAAAGAAUCCUCAACUGUAAUCAUUGGUUACCAUAACAUUUAAUGGUUUUAUUUGCUUGUGUUUCUACCUCCUCCUUAUGGGCUUCAUGUGCUGGGUUUGAAUUACAUAAUGUCUCCAUUUCAAAUGUAAACACUUCUGGACUAAUGCACAAGUCUCUAAUAAAAAAAAAAAAAGGUUUUACUUGCACAAUAAUAUCCUGAUUGUAAGAAUUCAAAUUCAGACCUUUUUUAAAGUGGUUUUGUGGAUGUAUGUAUGGCACAUCACCUGGGAGAGAUGAAAUUAUGCGGCCUUGUUAAUUUAUCAACCCUCGUUGCUGUGUUUCCCCCCUUCGGUAUCUGUCAAACAUUGUGAUACUUGAAUUCUGAUUUUCUUUACAGGGAACAACCAAACAAUGGGUGAGUUGGUUUUGCAUGGCUCGGUGCCCACUGGAAUGGUCUAAAAAUGUGCAAGUUACCCAUCUGGGGCAUUUGGCCAUGCAAAACCAACUCACUUGGUCUGUUCUCAUGCAACAAUUUUCAAACUACACAGAAGUGCAACAUGUUUUAUUGGUGAAUAAUGUUAACAUGAGAAAUGAUUUAGAUUUUGUUACACUUUCUCUGUCCCCCCCAUGUGAAUUUGAAGCCUUUUUGCCAUAAUGUCUGAUCCAGAUAUUUAUUGAUCGUUUUUAUCAUGAUUUUAAAAAUAAUCAUCUCAACUUGUGAUCUGAUGAAAUUAUGCGGUAUACAUCUGUACUGUACAACUUUCUAUAAAAGUGUUACUGUAAUGUUCUGUAAGUGCUAAGAAUGUUCUUGUGUACCACUAUUGCUUAACUUUCAAAUAAAGUUAAACACUGUGUUCACUUA